AUGACCGUACUUUCGAGAACUAUGGGUAAGGUUGAGAGUUAAGAGAAUUGCCAGAGAUCACUUAAGUUUUGUUUUUGAUUAUUCUCCUCACGUUUCCAUUCAAUGUGUGGCCAAAAAUCGAGAAAUGUUUGGAUAAGGACAUGAAUUGUUACACUUGGGUGGCAGAAAGUCCGGAGAGAUGUCAGAUCGAUGAAUUGAUCAUGAAAGAUUGCAAAAAGGCUUGUGGAAAUUGUUCGGAGACGUAUGAAGUGGAAGAGAGUACGUACAGUAUUCCAAAUUAUACUAACCUUGCAGAAUAUGACAUCAAAAAUUUGGCCCCUUCCCUCCACAAAAUCGCCUUUCUUGUGGGGAUCUGGAGAUCAGAGUUUGGUGGGAAGGCCGAUUUCCCCACUAUUCCCAGGUUCACUUAUGGAGAACAACUCGAUAUUUCCAUCGCUAAGUCAACAAGAACUCCUGUUCUCAAUUAUACGUAUGUUUUGUGACAAAUUUUGUUUUAUUUAAUGUUUUAAACAAUUAUUGAAUUUUGUUUAGAGCCUUUGCGUGGGAUAAUGGAGAUCUGACCGAGCUGCACAGUGAGAAUGGAUACAUCACUGGGCAUCCAAACAACUCUAUCGUCGCCAUGACCACCGUCAUGAGCAAUGGUAAGGUAAACACUCAUCUACUUUUGUUUCACAGGAUUUGCAACCGUUGAACAAGGAAAUGAGACUGAUCAUUCCGUCAGAUUCCGCCUUCGAAACAUUGGAAGAAUCAAUUUCUCCAGGGAUUUGCCAGUUCGAAGAGUAAGAUACUUGAAUUUAUAUAUCAUACAACUUAUUGUAGAUGGUAAGGGAUUGGAUCCUACUUAAUGAGACACACAUGGAAGCUCGACUUCUAAUGGCUACCUCUACUCAUCCCAUGUUGUUGCAUACACAAAUCAUCUACAAGAAAUUAUAUCCAUGA